AUGCGUCUGCUGCCCGAGUCCCUGCGGCUUCUCUUCUUCUUCCUCUUCGUGAUGGGGGUGGCCCCGGCUCCGGCUCUCACGGCCGGCUGCCCCAACAGGUGCGUGUGCGACGACCAGCUGGUGGUCCAGUGCGCCGGGCAGGACCUGACCCAGUUCCCCAUGGACCUCCCUCUGGCCACCCGGCAGCUCAUCCUCUCCAACAACCGCAUCGGGACCCUGCCUGCCCUGCAGCUCAACUACCUGUCCGACCUGGUCUACUUGGACUGCAGCAACAACUCUCUGACAGACAUCUCCGAGUCCACUUUCGGGAACUUGCGCAAGCUCGCCUAUCUGGACCUGUCCUUCAACACCCUGCUGCAGAUCGAGGACCGGACGUUCGGGCCCCUGGCGUCCCUGGUGAUGCUGCGGCUGACGGAUAACCCGAGCCUGGGGGACAUCCACUCGGACGCCUUUACGGAGAACGUGGCUCUGCAGGUGCUGGAUGUGAGCCGGAACAACCUGACGAGCCUGAACAUCAGCAGCCUGAUCGCCCUGCCGGCUCUGCGCUCCCUGGGGCUCAGCGGGAACCCCUGGAGCUGCGACUGUGACACGGAGGACCUCUGCCUGUGGGUGCAGAUAGAAAGCUACAAGUUCCAAGAUGAAGGCCAGACAGUUUGCAACAACCCCCCAGAGCUGGCGGGCCAGCGUUUGGGGGAGGUGGGCAUGCAGCUGCGAGUUGACUGUCACCAAGGCUUGGGCUACUGGGACUACCUCUUCUUCAUCGCCAUUGGAUUCGUCAUCUUCUCAGCUGGCACGGUGUCAGCGUGGGUGAUGGGUGUGCUCAUGGUGUUGUAUGAGCGCUACAGCAAGAGGAAGAGUGAGGAGCUGGACAGUGACGAUGAGGAGGAGAGGGGAGCAAUGGGUGGAGGCGAAGGCGGCGGAGGAGGAGCGAACCAGGGGAAUGGGGAUCUGACCAAACCUGGCAUGCAGGUGUGAUAAACUGAUGAGGCAACACGAAGAGAAGGACAGGAGAAGAUGUGAUGAGAGGAAUCCAAAUACCCUGCUGUGAACUGAAAUCUGCCGGUUGCUCCGUACUGCAGAUUUAUAUACGGCAAUAUGCUCUUUCACUAAUUGGAAAGUGUG